GCAUUACGACACCUACAGUCGGAGUUGACUCGGAGUCGAUCGCGUUUACCGUGAAUAAUCAACACUCAAGCAAAUAAUAUCCCCGGGAUUUUCAAACGCGGCCGGGGAGAUAUUUCCACCAUAAGUAGUUCCGAAACCGUACGAAGAAAUUCAAAGUUAAUUCUAACCAGUGACAAUAGCCCCUAGAAACGUUAAAUGCACCGAGACCAAGUGCCUUCAUGCUCAUCUACGAUCACAAGGCCAAUUCGAGACGAGCGUUCUGGCUUGCACUAUACUGCAUCCGACGAUGGCCGUCAGUGACCAACGUCCGCGUUGCGACAGCUUACACUCGGUUUGGCAGCGAAACUCCUAACAACGAAUAGAGAUAUAUAUAUUCCACGCAAGUGAGACCCGUUAAAGAUCCAGUGCGUCGGUGAAAAGUGCCCUGCAACCGUGCGAGUGCAGCUAGGUGCAUCGAAAAAAAAGGAAAAAUAGUAGCACACGUGGAGGGUAUUCUGGAGAGAAAAUGCGCCCUGUACUUUCGCUCAUAAAUCCCAAAGCCGCGAGGUGUACUGCACGAUGCAAAACAUUCGCAACUUUUCCCGUCAGUAUGGACCGGAAAGAUGACAUCAAUUUAACAUGGAAUAACGCACGACCCUACACGGAGAUCCCUGGACCGAGAUCCCUCCCUGUGAUUGGCAACGUCUUGAAGUUCAUCCCUUACAUUGGUGAAUAUGGCGAUUUGUCGCUCUCGGAUCAGCUGGAUACGAUGCAUCGCCAAUUCGGAAAUAUCGUUAAAUUGGAGGGGAUUGGUAACAGACGAGACGUAGUGUUACUAUUCGACGCCGAUCUCUGCGAAAAGAUGUACAGAAUCGAAGGACAAUGGCCAUUGCGAAUAGCUAUGGAAACGUUGACGCAAUAUAGGAAGGAGCGGAGCGAGACUUAUAAAGGCCAUUUUGGCUUGGCCGUAAGCCAGGGUGAGGACUGGCAUAAAUUUCGCUCGAGGGUAAAUCAACACAUGAUGCAACCUCGCACGAUCAAACCACACGUGGACCAAGUAAACUACGUGGCCGAUGACUUUCUGGUUAAGAUUAACAAACUGAGGGACAAAACCACUAUGGAACUGCCCGAGACGUUCAACAACGAAUUGUACAAGUGGGCCCUCGAGUCCAUGUGUGUGAUCGCAUUGGAGCAUCGCAUGGGAUGUCUCGAAUCCAAUCUAUCUCCACACUCGGAGCCUCAACAAAUGAUAGAUGAUGUGCACACAAUGUUCGACCUGUUCUAUAAACUAGAAGUCCUCCCUUCCUUAUGGAAAGUGUACCGGACCCCGAAUUUGAAGAAAUUGUUCAGCACUCUCGAUAACAUCAACCGAAUCAUCAUCAGACACGUAAAUGCUGCAAGUGAACGACUUCGGAAUUCUUCGGUAGAGGACAAACAAAAUCUCAGCAUGUUGCAGAGACUUUUGAGCAUCGACGAACAAACGGCAUACGUAAUGGUCAUGGACAUGCUAUUAGCUGGCAUCGACACGACGAGCAACAUGGCAGGGAUAUUGCUCUACCACAUGGCGACGAACCCGGAAGUGCAGGAAAAGCUGCGAGAUGAAAUUUGCACUGUUUUGCCAGAAAAGUCGAGUCCGGUGACGUUUAAGGCGUUGACCGAGACUACAUACCUUAAGGCUUGUCUGAAAGAGUCGCUCAGGAUAAUGCCCAUUGCGAUAGGAAGUCUAAGGACGAUGCAAAAUGACGUUGUCAUCGGUGGAUGCCAAAUUCCGAAAGGAGUCGACGUGUUGGCCUGUCACUCGACGUUGUCGCGAGAUGAAAGGUACUUCCCAAAUCCAGAAAUGUUUAUCCCGGAAAGAUGGCUCCGAGAUAAUGCCAGCGGAUUAUCGGCAAAAACGGCUCACCCUUUCGCGUACAUGCCAUUCGGCUUCGGCCCUCGCAUGUGCAUCGGUAGGAGAUUUGCCGAGUUGGAAAUAGAAACACUAGCGAUGAAGGUAAUACGAAAUUUCAAGUUAGAAUGGGACAGAGGACCGCUGCAAAUCAAGAGCCGCUUCAUCAAUACGAUAAACUCUCCUUUGCAGUUAAAGUUAAUAGACGUGUAAAAUAUUUAAUUGCUGUGCAUCUAGUGCAUCGUGGGAAGCACAUAUAAACGAGGUGCGUAAUGCACGUAAUGUCUAAUCAGACAAGAGACGAGACCUUUAUAAAAGCGCCAACUCAUUAUAAAAGUCGUUUAAUAUCCGUGA